GCUGGGACGCGUGCCGCGCACUGGCACUGCCCGGGCACCAGCCGGGCUGCACGAAAACUCGCUGUGUGCCCUCCUCAGUUAUUCUACAAUGAGUGCCAAGUCUGCCAUCAGCAAGGAAAUUUUUGCACCUCUUGAUGAAAGGAUGCUGGGAGCUGUCCAAGUCAAGAGGAGGACAAAGAAAAAGAUUCCUUUCUUGGCAACCGGGGGUCAAGGAGAAUAUUUAACAUAUAUCUGCCUGUCAGUGACAAACAAGAAACCCACACAGGCAUCCAUCACGAAGGUCAAACAGUUUGAAGGCUCCACGUCGUUCGUGCGGAGAUCACAGUGGAUGCUUGAGCAACUUCGCCAGGUUAAUGGCAUCGAUCCUAAUCGGGAUUCUGCAGAGUUUGAUUUGUUGUUUGAAAACGCAUUUGACCAGUGGGUAGCCAGCACAGCCUCAGAAAAAUGCACCUUCUUCCAGAUCCUCCACCACACCUGCCAGAGGUACCUCACGGACAGGAAGCCGGAGUUUAUUAACUGCCAGUCCAAAAUCAUGGGAGGGAACAGCAUCCUCCAUUCGGCAGCCGAUAGUGUGACCAGCGCUGUACAGAAAGCAAGCCAGGCCUUGAAUGAGCGCGGGGAGCGGUUAGGCCGAGCAGAGGAGAAGACGGAAGACAUGAAGAACAGCGCCCAGCAGUUCGCGGAAACUGCGCACAAGCUUGCCAUGAAGCACAAGUGUUGAGAAACUGCCUGUCACAGCGAUGACCCUCUCGAGAGAAAUGGAAGAGUUUGCUCAGCACUUUUUACAAGAAUUCCGGACCUCUGCUUGCUUCUCCCCCCCACCCCCAC